AUGAGGAGGCGCUGGGACAUGGUCAAGCCAGAUGGUGCAAGGCGAGGAAGCACUUUUGUUCUCUCCGGCAUUGCAAGGGUCUGGGGAGAGCUGGUUAGUGCUCAUACGACAAGUUUGCUACUAGUGCGGUCGACUUCGAGACAUCCACAUCCUCAACCAACUGCUUUCCUGCGAAUCGACGAAGCGCGUAUUAGGGCCACCAGGCGCGUUAUCCGACAGACACCUCAUUUCCCUCAUCACGGUGCCACUCGCCACUUUCCCCUCGCCCUCCCCGUGCAUCAGUCCCAUAUUCGCCCACAUUUUUACCAUUCCGCUUCUCCCAAACGGAUUCCACUUUUCUCGUUGUCUCAUUUCAUAUCCCGCAUCCCAUUCUCGGAUCUGUACGUCCUAGAGCAAUUUAGCGCCACCAUAGCAAGUUCCACGAGUACGGAAGACAAAGUUCACCUCGUGGCAAACCUACACAUGUUCAUUGCCCCUCACUACUCGAAACUCGGCGGCCGCUCUCUGUCAAUAUAUCUCCGUUUCCUUGCAAACAUCUUGAACGCCCUCCCCGUUUCCGUCUUUGAUCCUCCAAGGGAACACAUCCCCAAGGUAGCCCACUUCGAGUACCAUUCGGAUUCAGACGAUGAUGAACCCAGGCCUCGCGUGUCCCUUGUUUCAUCUUUCAACAAGCCACAACCCCUACCAAAACUUGAUUCUAAGACGCUCACCCGCCGGAACAAGGUCGUUGCACCUGCCCACAUCGAUUCUUUGAUCACCUCAACCCGUUCAAAUCCGGAUGCGCGGAAAGAACUGGUCGCCUUCCUUUCGGCCUUGACGGCCGUCUGA